UCUUUACCUUACUUUUUUUGUUAUCCUUUUUAGUUUCUGUUGGUCUCUCUCUCUCUCUUUUUAUUUUUGGCUCUUAUUCUUUCCUUGUUCAUGGGGUAAUUGUUUUUCUUUUGUCUUGUGGUGGUGUUCCUUCUUUACUCUUUCGUUCUUUUCUUCAACAAACUGAAAUUCUGCUUCUUUCUUUCGUUCUAUCUGGCAUUGUUUUUGUGUGAUCAGUAAAGUUGAAUUGCUUUUCUCCUUGUAGUUCCUUCCUGGGCAAUCUUUACUUUUUUUGCCUUGGAAUUUUCUUGGAGCUUGUUUCUUCUGAAACAUUUUUACUAUGCUUGAUCUUUCCUUUGAUCAAACUGUGAAGUUAUAGUGUUUUUCACCUCAAGAACAUACCCAUAUCAACCCAUUUUCUCUUCACUUUUUCACUUUUUCACUUUUUCCUAGUUUCCCCCCCUUGAUCAGAGAACCUUUUUAUUAUUGAUAUUGUGUUUUGGGGGGGACUGUUUCCAAUAAUGGGACUUUGCCAUGGAAAACCCAUUGAAAACCAACAAAAGCAAUCAAGGGACAUCUCAAUCCCAGGUGAAACCGAUGCACCACAAAACUCCCACUCCACCAAGUCAUCAAAUUUACCAUUUUACAGUCCUAGUCCAUUGCCAAGCCUCUUCAAGACAUCUCCAGCUAUACCCAGCACAUCUCCAGCUAUACCCAGCGUGAAUUCCACUCCUCUCCGCUUCUUCAAACGUCCAUUCCCUCCCCCUUCUCCUGCAAAGCAUAUCAGGUCAUUGCUGGCAAGAAGGCAUGGCUCAAUUAAGCCUAACGAGGCCUCAAUCCCUGAAGGAAAUGUUGAGGUUGGUUUGGAUAAGAGUUUUGGGUUCUCAAAGCAUUUUACGUCUCAUUAUGAGCUUGGUGAGGAAGUGGGGCGUGGACAUUUUGGAUAUACUUGCUCCGCUAAGGUCAAGAAAGGAAGCCUCAAAGGCCAUGACGUGGCUGUUAAAGUUAUUCCAAAGUCCAAGAUGACCACUGCAAUUGCCAUAGAGGAUGUAAGACGAGAGGUGAAGAUACUACGAGCUUUAGCUGGCCAUAAGAACUUGGUUCAGUUCUAUGAUGCUUAUGAAGAAGAUGACAAUGUUUACAUUGUGAUGGAAUUGUGCAAGGGUGGAGAACUGCUAGAUAGAAUACUUUCAAGGGGCGGAAAAUACCCGGAAGAAGAUGCCAAGGCUGUGAUGCUUCAGAUUUUAAGUGUUGUGGCCUUUUGUCAUCUCCAAGGUGUAGUUCACCGUGACCUCAAGCCUGAGAAUUUUCUUUUCACUACUAAAGAUGAGAGUUCUCCUCUGAAGGCAAUUGAUUUUGGACUUUCAGACUAUGUGAAGCCAGAUGAAAGAUUGAACGACAUCGUAGGAAGUGCAUAUUAUGUCGCACCCGAAGUACUACAUAGAUCAUAUGGGACUGAGGCAGACAUGUGGAGUAUCGGAGUAAUUGCCUAUAUACUUCUUUGUGGAAGUCGACCAUUUUGGGCUCGAACAGAAUCUGGCAUCUUUCGAGCUGUCCUUAAAGCUGAUCCAAGCUUUGAUGAAGCUCCUUGGCCUUCUGUAUCCCCUGAAGCAAUAGAUUUUGUAAAGAGAUUGUUGAACAAAGACUACCGUAAGAGACUAACUGCUGUGCAGGCUCUGAGUCAUCCGUGGCUGGCAAAUUGCCAUGAUGUAAAGAUACCAUCAGAUAUGAUAGUGUGCAGGCUUGUUAAAGCUUAUAUAGGCUCAUCUCCACUGCGAAAAGCAGCAUUGGGGGCACUUGCCAAGACGUUAACUGUUCCACAGCUUGCUUAUCUCCGGGAACAAUUCACUUUAUUAGGACCUAACAAAAAUGGAUUUAUUUCCAUGCAGAAUUUUAAGACGAUGAUGUUGAAGAAUUCUACUGAUGCUAUGAAAGAUUCACGGGUCCUUGAUUAUGUCAACAUGAUUAGUUCUAUUCAGUAUAGAAAAUUGAACUUUGAUGAAUUUUGUGCCUCUGCGAUAAGUGUGCAUCAGCUAGAAGGAAUGGAAACAUGGGAGCAACAUGCAAGGUGUGCAUAUGAUUUGUUCGAUAAGGAUGGAAACAGGCCCAUUAUGAUAGAGGAACUUGCCUCGGAACUUGGACUUAGCUCAUCAGUACCUGUUCACGUUGUUCUUCAAGACUGGAUUAGGCACUCAGAUGGGAAGCUUAGUUUCUUGGGCUUUGUUAGACUUCUACAUGGAUUAUCUUCUCGCACAUUUCAGAAAUCUUGAGGUUGAAUUGAACUACAUUUUUUGUCUCCCUUACCACUCUUGCGUAGACAAAUGUGUGCUUAAAUCCGAAUCUGAUCGUGCAAAUGGACUGUAAAGUCGAAUCAGAUACUUUGCUUAUGAAGCAAGCACUUCAUAUCUUCUCAUCAUGUCUAGGAUUUCUUUCCUUCCUUCUCAUGUCCUGAAAGCAUUUUCAUUUUCCUCAGUUGUCGUA